CAUUAGCGACUCGAGCCCCUGCUAGCAUCUCAGCUCCGGUAGAGCAAACGUAGCUUACUAAACGAUAUGAAUGUUUUUCCACCCAGUUAAUGCUUUAAGAGUUGACCCAACUUUAGCGACUAAAUACAUUGUUAUUCGUAAUUAUAACGGGCAAAAUGACUUAUUCUGUCCCCUUAUGAAACAGUAACCAUUGACGCCCAGUUGCUUUCUCGUCGAAAAGUGGCUAACCUGAGCUAGCUAACCUUAGCAUCCUAGCCUGGCGUCUCCACUGGCUGCAGAGCGGAGCAAAUCGUGGACGUAGAUAUGUCAUUGUGGGCUGGCUGGCCGGUUAGCUGACCUAAUGUUGGUGAAGAAGUGGUGACUGUUUUUUAUUGUUAUUUUUUUUAUUUUACAGUUGGUGUAUGUUAGCGUCGCAUCAUUAAAACCCCUGAGUGAAACCAAGAAAACCAGCCACCAUGUUGGAAGAGGACAUGGAAGUGGCCAUCAAAGUGGUCGUAGUCGGGAAUGGAGCUGUUGGGAAGUCCAGUAUGAUCCAGCGUUACUGCAAGGGCAUUUUCACAAAAGACUACAAGAAGACAAUUGGGGUGGACUUUCUAGAAAGACAGAUUGUUGUAAAUGAUGAAGAGGUCCUUUUAAUGCUCUGGGACACUGCUGGGCAGGAAGAGUUUGAUGCCAUUACCAAGGCUUACUACAGAGGUGCUCAAGCCUGUGUGCUAGUCUUCUCGACAACAGAUCGGGAGUCAUUUCAAGCCAUCGACAGCUGGAGGGAGAAGGUGGAGGCUGAGGUUGGAAAUAUUCCCACUGUCCUGGUGCAAAAUAAAAUUGAUCUCCUGGAGGAAACUGUAAUAAAGAAUGAGGAGGCGGAAGCUCUGGCUAAAAGGCUUAAACUAAGAUUUUAUCGCACAUCUGUUAAAGAGGAUCUGAAUGUCAAUGAGGUUUUCAAGUACUUGGCUGAUAAGUAUCUGCAGAAACUCAAGCAGCAAACAGCAGAGGAAACAGAUGUGGUCCACUCAACAAGCAAUAAAAUAGGUGUCUUCAAUACCAUUAGUGGUAAUGUAAGCAACCAGAGCUCCAGCAAUGGCAGAGAAGUUAUCACUCUACGACCCAAUAAACAGAGAACGAAGAAGAGUAAAAAUCCCUUUGGAGGCUGCAGUUUGCUCUGAAGACGUUUUCAACAAUCUAGCAUUUCAUUUCAGUGAACUCCAUUUAUAUUUUAGAUAGCAUUAGUCAUUCUUCUGUUACCUGGAUGCCAGUCUACAAAAGACUUGGACUAUCAAUAUCUCACCAUUUUCAAUUCCUCAUUAAAUGAUCUGCAGACAAACCAGGCAAUUUGUGUACAACAGUUGCUCCCCAGCUACAAUUGCCUUAUAAAAAAGCAACAGCUGCAAUCUUUGUCAAAAAUUAAUUUUCAUUUGUGUGUUGGUUCUUUUUUUUCCCCCUCCUCAAAUGUGUGUUGAUAUAUAGAAAGGAAUCCAGAUGUCUUACAGCAGAAAUUGCACUUGGAUUCUGGAAACAAUUCCUCUAGUAUGUAGAUUUUUAUUUCAACCAACUCUGUGUUCUACACAUAUGCUGUGCAAUAUGUUUCCAUGUGUUGUUAAAAGAUGCACAGAUUAAUUUUGUACCAUAUUUUUCUAGCAAUUAACAGAAUAUGGUUCAAACUAUUAUUAUUUAUCCCUAACAGAUCCAAAGGUGAAUAGUAUUUUUGUAUGAAGCACAACAGUGUUGAGUUAUUAUGAUGUGCCAAAUUUACUCUCACGGAGUGGUUAAAAAUCACAUUUCAGUGACUUGGGUUAAACCUUAAAUCUGGUCCUCAGUUGUAAAUCAACAAUAACACAAAUAAUCAUUUUAUGUACACUAAAAUAUAUGACUUUUAUUUAGAAGAUAAAUUAAUUCUACUCGUCUUUGACCCAGAUUAUAAUUAUGAUACCUUAUUUUCUUUGCACCUGUUUCCAUACUAUUCUAAAAUCAUUGAACCUAAUUUCCUUUGACUUCUAUUCGGCUGUAAAUGCUAGAAUUCAGGGUGACAUUCAAAGUUCAGGAUGUGAUCAUCUGAAUUCUAACAUUUUAGAUGUUCAGGCAUAAGCCUACAAGAUUAAAAGCCUACUGCUAAGUAACAUCUGUGCCUGUGGCAGUAAGUCACUGACAGAAUGUAAAACCGCUGCUCUCAGAGAGUGGCUCAAGUCGACCAUUAGGACAGGAUAUUAAAGUAUUUAUAUGCUCUGCCUGAUGUUUAAAAGAAAAACAAAAGGGCACUGAACUGAGAGCCUGGAUGUGUAUGCCUUUUUUAUGUCAAGCCUUUCAUUUUUUGUUGUUUUUGAUCAAGCACACAUACUUAUAUAGUCCUUUGAGAAGGUCUGGUAUUAAAACCAGGAUUAAAACAAACAUUUCAAUUCUACAUGUGGCUACAGCUGUAGCGUCCUUUAAGUCUUAUACUAUCAAUGUAUGCAUGUUUUGUUAAUUACUAUAAAAUGCUCUCUGAUGUUUACCUUUAUUUUACAUUUAAUUCUGAAAUUAAGGAAAGGUGCUUAAAUGUGUUCCACGUUGACACCUAUGGUACUGAAAGCAUUUCUCUCUUCUUUCACACCAGUGAAUGUUCAGCAAUGUUUACAUGAAAUAGCAAAGGUUUUAAUCCCACCUCUUGCCGCUUAUGUAAAAUUGUCUAGAUGAUAAUCCUGUAAAUAAUUACUCAAUUUAUAACAUUAUCAGUAACAUCAUGACUGAAUGACUCUUGUGCACUUUAUCAUUUAAAUGAAAUCUUAAGACACUACAUAAAAAAAUUACCAUUAAUAUGUGUUGUUACUCAGGUGGAAUAAUAAUCUCUUGUAAUCUGCUUUUUUUUUUUUUUUUCUCCCACCAACACUGACCUUCAUAAACCAAUCCCACGCAUUUAAACAAAGCGACGUGUCCCAGUGUGAUGGAGUCUGACUUAUGGCAGACGGAUGUUUUGGUUCGGAAGUGUUUGAAGGAAAGUUGAUGAAUAAAAGACGU